AUAGAACAGUAAACGCGCUACACGAGCGAGAAACGGAGGUGUAUGACAAGAUCUCCCUAUUCUGCGCCUGGACGUCCUAACCUUGAAGAGAAACAAAGUCAUAGUAAAAUACAUUUUAAAAAUCAAGACAAGGAAAGGGAGACCGUUUCAAGGAGGAUUGCUAACGGAUCACUUUGCACCGGCAAACGCUCACACUACUCUGAUCAAUUUGUAAUAACUCAACCGCCGCUUUCACACGGUGAAGGCAAUGCGUAAAGUUGCAUUCAGAAGUUGGUGAAAGUUGUCAUCCUGGUGAGCAGAUAAUAGGACGGAGAUGUUCAGUCCAUUAUGGGGUUUCUAGUGUGGAUGUAGAAUAGAAAUCUUGGAAGAGUCUCCGGAUGACCGACGCAUUUUGGAUGUUACCUUUCUUUGGGGCUAUUCUCUGAGAUUCCUUAGAGGCGGUUGCAAUACAAAAAAAUUAAAAAGGAUUCCUCUCAGGUGGCACAUCUGCCAUGUUUGGAUGGAUUAGAUUUUUACUAUAACCAAGGUUAUCAAGAAAUUGUUGAAUUUUUUCCCCUGUUUUUUCUUUAUUAUUGUGUCUGAUCCAAACGACAGCUGAAAUUUUAGUACAACUGUCCAACUCACCUUCGGAAUUACAAUCAUGAACAUUGGCAGUUUUGUACAAUUAUUAUUUGCAGCGCUGCUUCAGCUUCAUUUGUAUGCAGUUAAGACAGCCCACAUACCCAAGAACGGGGAGAAGAGUAAAAAUGAUGUGGUCCCGUUCAUGGACGUGUAUAACAAGAGCAUGUGUCGGACACGGGAGAUGCUGGUGGACAUCUUCCAGGAGUAUCCAGAUGAGAUUGAGCACACCUACAUCCCCUCGUGCGUGGUGCUCAUGCGCUGCGCCGGAUGCUGCAACGACGAGGCGCUCGAGUGUGUCCCCACGGAAACAAAAAAUGUUACCAUGGAGGUAAUACAAGUGAAACAGAGAGUAUCGCAGCAUAAUUUUCAGUUAAGUUUCACAGAACAUCGAAAGUGUGAAUGCAGACCAAAGCCAGAAGUUAAGGCAAAGAAAGAAAACCACUGUGAGCCUUGCUCAGAGAGAAGAAAGCGCUUGUUUGUGCAGGACCCUCUCACCUGUAAAUGUUCCUGCAAAUUCACACAAUUAGACUGCAAGUCCAGACAACUUCAGUUAAACGAAAGAACUUGCAGAUGUGACAAACCAAGGAGAUGAGAUGAGGAGAGGGAGAGGGGGACAAUGAAAAUGAAGGAAUAUUUUCUUGGCACAGCACUUUGAAACCUGAGGACGCAUUCCCUGGAUGGACAGAAAAUGAUGCAAGAAAUAACGAGCAAGAGUGAACGAUGGAGAGAGACUGAGAUAACAACAUGCCGUUGUAUAUUUCUAAGAUAUAUAUAUUCUAAAAGGACAAUGACAAUGUGUAUUGCUGCUAUAAAAAAUGAGACAUUAUAAAGUGAACGAAUGCGCCACUGUCUGGCGUGUGAAUGGGACAAAUGUUUAGUUUCCAGGGUGUUUGGGCCUUCGCGUGGAUAGGACUGAGAGUUUUUGUCAGAAUACAUUUUAUUUUAUUUUAUGUAACACUUCACUGGAUGUUGGUCUGCUGUGGAUAUGAGUAUCUUAAAUAUAUCUAUAUA